AUGGCGCAUACCUCUUUUCUAGCAAGACUUUCCAUCAGCGGUCCUCCUCCAACAAAAGCUCUAGAGCCCCGCCAAGCUCCCGGUGUAAUCGCAGCCUCUGAAUUCCUUCGCCGUGGCUACCAAGCUUCGGUCGUCGUAGGGAAUUGGGUUUAUAUCGACGGAGGCGAAUUCUCUUUCAUGAGCGAUGGAACGCCGCAAUAUGAAUACGCAUCAACACUGCUAUCUAUCGACCUCUCUCAGAACUGGACGAAUGCUACAGUCGCAUUACAGUCUACUACCAAACCCAACGGCGCACCCAACCUAAACAGUCCGUCACUCUGGUACCAUGAAUCGGAAAAUCUCAUCUAUUCUGGUUUCGCAGGCUGGAAUUCCUCUUUCGGCAACGAGCCAAACCUCCCUGCAAUGUCGCUCUGGACCUUCCAGCCUGAUGGGAGCGGAAGUGGAGCCUGGAAUGAGAUCAUUGAUGCCAAUUCAUCUGUAUGGUCUCAGUUGACACGUCCUGCCCAGCCGCUCAUGGCUUUUGGCUCCGACAGCGCCUGGGUCCUCGGAGGUAUCACCGCAGACUGGGAUCAGUACGCGUCGCCUGAAAAUCUCAUUCCUGGGAUGCUUCAAUUUGAUAUGGCAUCCAGGUUAUUCUCCAACUCCAGUGUCCAAUGCUGCAAUGCUACUGGCGGUAUCUACAAAGGUGCUCUGCAAUAUGUCCCAUCUUUUGGACCGGAAGGUAUACACAUCGCGAUGGGAGGACAAAACGGAAUAGGAAACAAUGGCGUAACUGCUGGGCUGAUCGACUUCGGGACGGUCUCGGUCUUCGACCCUGCAAAGCAAGAAUGGUGGAACCAAACAACCACUGGGAGCGUACCCAGUCCCAGGGUGGAAUUCUGUACUGCUGGUAUUAACUCGACCAAUGGCACAUACGAAAUAUUUGUUUACGCGGGUUGGGGCACCCAUCUUGGUCCAGCAGCUGUUCAAUAUGACACAAUCAAUAUCCUCACCCUACCGGCGUUCCACUGGAUAAGUGUUCCCUACAAUCCUGAGAACCCUCGGCACGCACUCUCUUGCAACGCUGUUGGUGGAAGCCAGAUACUCACGAUCGGAGGAGUUGACUCGAACUCGCAGGUAGCCACGGGUUUGGUUGAAGACAUUAUUGCAAGUACCUUCAAUAGCUCUCCAGACCCAUUUGCGCAGGGCUUAGCAAUAUUCGAUAUGACGACUAUGGCCUUCUCCAAUCAAUAUACUGCUGGGGCUCUACCAUACGAGCAGUCCGAGGUGGUGAAGCAAUUCUACUCACAAUCAAAUGAAGCAUAUAAAAACAAUCUCACACCUCAAGUUUCGGAGCUUUUAAAUGUCACCCAUUUUUUUAAUAGCACGUCCACCAAUAAUUCCUCUUCCUCGUCCGGCUCUUCCAGCACACCUUCAAGUCCUGCAACCUCCAAACAGUCUGAAUCUAAUGGUCUCAAAUCCGGCGCUAUAGCAGGGAUUGCUGUCGGUGCCUCCGCAGCCUUCUUUGCAAUUGCCGCUGGCAUCGGCUACCUACUCAGAAGGCGUAGGGCUUCGCAAAAAUCUGAAACGCCGGAAACAACAUCGAAGAACGAGUACAAAGAGAUGGCGUCCGUCAAUUUCGAGAACCAUGAGUUGCACGAGAUGAACGGACCUGGACGGGCGUUCGAGCUGCAGGAGCAGAGCGUUCAGGAGUUGGAGCACCCAGUAGUGCCAGUGGAACUGCAGGCACACCAAAACUUUCACCGGGACUGA